CUAUGCUAAAAGAGGACAGGGACUUAACUGAUAACGUGAUUGCAGUACGUACAUUUCGAUGUGUAUAUAUAGUCUGGGACAUCACUGUACACAAAGAAUCAAGGAUGCGUUGAUAUGUUCACGGGAAAAUGCUGCUAAUAUUAGGAUUUAUAUCGCUUAGCCUAUGCGAGGCGUUUAUUAUGGACGAAAACUGCGUUCACUGUAACUGGAACGGCGUAUGUAAAACAGAGUCUAGACAAUGUGAAUGCUACCAGGGCUUCAAAGGGACCGACUGUAGCGUGGACUGUGGUUGUCAAGGACACGGGGUUUGUAACCAAGAUAACACAUGUCAAUGCGACAAUGGCUGGAAAUGGUCAAGCUCCCAACACAAGUGCAUAUGGGACUGUACUUGCCCCACCGGUGUGCAAUGCAUGGGCCCCGGUGUAUGCGCAUGUACGCCAGCGUGUCGGUACGGUACCUGCUGGAACGGGCAGUGUGAAUGCUGGGAAGGGUACACGGGCGACCGAUGUGACAGGCUGGACAAAAACACCAUGAUGAACCGCAACAUUUCUGUUGGUAUGAACAUAGAAGGGCUCUCCUACUGGUCGCCGGAACUGAAGUUCGUCGACGUGGCCAAACUCUCGUCGGCUUGGAUCACUCAACGAGAUCACGACGGCCGAUGGGACACACACGAGCAGAACAAUAUCACGUGGAGGAAUGAUGGAUACCCGGCGAGGCUUGAAAAAUCUCUGUCAGUCGUGAAGCUAGUUCUUCGGAGUACAGCGGGUGUACACGGCCCACAGGGUAACUUCUCCUUACUGUAUGAUGGCGACGGCGAAAUCACAUUUGCCCUGGUAUCACACACAGUGCACUACAAUGGAAAAGGCCGUAAGACAGUAGAGUUUCACGAAGGCAAUCAAGGCAUUCUCAUCAAGAUAAUGAGAACCAACGAAAACAACCCUAUCCACAACAUCCGGUUGAUAAUGCCUGGAUUUGAAGAUAGACACGAGUUGUUUCCAUUUUACCCUCCCUUCGUAGAAAACCUCAAACGAUACUCGGAGUUGAGGUUCAUGGAUUUCCUAAGCACAAAUGGACACACGCCUGAACCUACAACGUGGUCAACAAGACGCCUAACAACCUUCCACACACAGACCGGUAGUGAGGGCGGUGCCAUCGAGUACGCCAUCCUCUUGGCCAAUAUUCUUGGGGCAGAUCCCUGGUUCUGUCAGCCCCAUGCGGCGGAUGAUGACUUCCUGAGCAGAUUUGCGCGUUUGGCGCUAUCGGAUUUACGUCCGGAUGUUAAGGUGUACGUUGAAUAUUCAAAUGAAGUGUGGAACAGCAUUUUCCGACAAACAACUUACACCAAAGAGCAAGGAAAGAAGCUAGGUCUGGACCCACAGGACUGGAAGGCAGGUGCAAAAUAUUACAACAAACGAGCAACCGAGGUUGCCGACGUAUGGACAUCGGUUCUUGGAAACAGAGUCAUCCCCGUUUGGGCAUGGCAGACAGCGUAUUAUGACUACACGCGACAGAUCUUUGAAGACCUCGGAACUAGAGCGGCACAUUUCAAAGCAUACGCUAUAACCGGAUACUUUGGCUGCGACAAGGUGACUGGCACCAAACACAAUAUAUCUUCAAUGUCGCCUGAGGAAAUACACGCCCUUUGCCAUCAGGAGUUCGCUUCGAGUAUCCGGAACUUCCACUUCCACAUGAACUUGUCUAGGAGUCACGGUCUGAAACUGCUGAUGUACGAAGGGGGACCGGGUCUAGAGAGUUCCACGCACGAUGCCUCAACCCAGUACGCCAUUGCAUACAAUCGCCACGACCUUAUGGCCGAUUCCGUGAAUGAGUUGAUGCAGGCAUGGUACGACGUUGUCUACAAUGAUCCGCAAAACACAGCGCCAGGUGGGCUGUUCAAUUACUUUGCGUCCGUUGGCCAGUACAGCAAGUAUGGUAGCUGGGGCAUGUUAGAAUACACUGGGCAGGAUCCCUACACCUCUCCCAAAUACCUCGCUACUCACAGGUUCAUCAACUCGCACUACCACAACCAGUACAUGGGCGCUAUCUGCAGCUUUGUCCGCCUAAAUGCUAGCGAGCUCUACGGCUGCUUCAGGGACCGUUCUAGCGGAUCGCAACGGUGUGGUCACACCGCGGAUAACGGAAUGCACUGGACGUUCUACCCUACCGUACAUGGCGUGAACAUCAGCGCCGUUAUUCUGGACGGCUUGAACCCGAUCACACGUGUUCUUUACAUCAGGGUGGUCGACACGCUCGCCGUGAAUAAGUACUUCACUUUGAACGCUGCAUUGGCCAACAAUCAGUGGACUGCCCUGAAGAUUGACGAAUAUCACCGUCGCUUGGCUCCCGGAAGUGUUCUCAGGCAUGUCCCAGUCGGCGGGAGUACGGGACCCCGCCCCGACAACACACGCUGUUAGCCGACAUCGAAUCAACGUUCACUACACGAACAUGUCUGUAUCUGGCAUACGUUAGCAAUACUUGGCAUUGCUGUUUAAACGUUCAUCAGCUGAAUAAAUAGUUGCAAAUUUU